AUGGAUAUAGACGACACUAUAUCCUAUAUUAUUGGUGCAAGAUAUACGACCGUGGUUCUAGGCGAAGAGGGAAAAAAAGGCGCGAUUGCAGAGCACUGUGUAGCUGCGAUCCGACCGCCGACGACGCCGCCGAUAUCGAUCCGCGGCGGCGCGCGCGACGGGCGGGUCGCAAGCCAUUGGUCGGGUGGGCGUGACCUGGGUGGCCGCUGUAACCGGUGGGUCGAGAACUCGGCGGCGACCCGGCAGUUCGAUCGCCCGACGCAGCCGCCGCACGCGCGCAAACGGACCGAACGGAUCACACGGGCCGCACGCGACAGCCACACCGCCACAGGAUCAGUACAUUACGGCUGCAGUGACCGACGACGCAGGGAGAUUGUAGAAUACCGCUUUUAUGUCGUGCGCGACACCGUAUACUAA